GACCUAGAUUUCUCAUCACAUCCACGGGAGCCUUGUAUAUUUUAGAUGUACAGAAUGAGGAUGGACUGUACAACUACCGAUGUAUCACAAGGCACAGAUACACUGGAGAAACGCGACAAAGCAACAGCGCAAGACUUUUUGUAUCAGAUCCAGCGAAUUCAGCUCCAUCUAUUCUAGAUGGGUUUGACCAUCGUAAAGCCAUGGCAGGACAGCGAGUGGAGCUGCCUUGCAAAGCAUCAGGGCACCCGGCACCAAAGUAUCGUUGGCUGAAGGACAAUGUUCCCUGGGAGCCUGACAGCAGGUUUCGGCAGACGGUUACAGGUCUGCUGAUAGAGAACACGCGUCCCUCGGACACUGGCAACUACGUCUGUGAGGUGUGGAACAACUACGGCACUGCUGAGAUGAUAGGGCGACUAUAUGUAAAACAACCACUAAAAGCCACAAUCAGUCCACGGAAGGUAAAAAGCAGUGUUGGUAGUCAAGUGUCCUUGUCCUGCAGUGUGACGGGAACUGAGGACCAGGAGCUCUCCUGGUACCGUAAUGGUGAAAUCAUCAACCCUGGUAACAACGUUCGCAUCACUGGAAUCAACCGGGAGACCCUCAUUAUGGAUGGCAUGGCCAAGAGCGAUGGUGGUGCUUACCAGUGCUUUGUGCGCAAAGACAAGAUGUCUGCUCAAGACUAUGUUCAGGUGGUACUAGAAGAUGGAACUCCCAAAAUUAUCUCUGCUUUCAGUGAGAAAGUAGUGAGCCCAGGAGAGCCAGUCUCCCUUAUGUGCAAUGUGAAGGGAACUCCUCUGCCUACGAUCACUUGGACACUGGAUGAAGAUCCCAUAGUAAAGGAUGGCAGUCAUCGUAUCAGUCAGAUUAUCACCUCUGAAGGGAACGUGGUCAGUUACCUGAAUAUCUCUAACACUCAGGUCCGAGACGGUGGAGUUUAUCGCUGUACUGCCAACAACUCUGCCGGAGUCGUCCUGUACCAGGCUCGAAUAAACGUAAGAGGGCCAGCAAGCAUUCGACCAAUGAAAAAUAUUACAGCAAUAGCCGGCCGAGACACCUACAUCCAUUGCCGUGUAAUUGGCUACCCGUAUUACUCCAUCAAGUGGUACAAGAACUCAAACUUGUUACCUUUUAACCAUCGCCAAGUGGCAUUUGAGAAUAAUGGGACGCUGAAGCUUUCAGACGUGCAGAAGGAAGUGGACGAGGGCGAGUACACGUGCAACGUCCUAGUUCAACCCCAACUGUCUACCAGCCAGAGUGUUCACGUGACAGUAAAAGUUCCACCUUUUAUCCAGCCUUUCGAGUUCCCGAGGUUCUCCAUCGGCCAGCGAGUCUUCAUUCCCUGUGUCGUGGUCUCCGGGGAUUUACCCAUCACCAUCACCUGGCAGAAGGACGGCAGGCCGAUUCCAGCUAGUCUCGGAGUGACGAUUGACAACAUUGACUUCACCAGCUCCUUAAGGAUUUCUAAUCUUUCGCUGAUGCACAAUGGGAAUUAUACCUGUAUAGCUAGAAAUGAUGCUGCAGCUGUGGAGCACCAAAGCCAAUUAAUUGUGAGAGUGCCCCCACGAUUUGUGGUUCAGCCGAGUGACCAGGAUGGCAUAUACGGGAAAGCUGUGAUUCUCAACUGCUCUGCAGAGGGUUACCCUGUUCCUACUAUUGUCUGGAAGUACUCCAAAGGUGCCGGCGUUCCUCAGUUCCAGCCGAUUGCAUUGAAUGGUCGUAUCCAGCUUCUCACAAAUGGCUCCUUGCUGAUUAAACAUGUGUUGGAAGAAGACAGUGGAUACUACCUCUGCAAGGUCAGCAAUGAUGUGGGAGCAGACGUCAGCAAGUCCAUGUACCUCACUGUUAAAAUUCCGGCUAUGAUAACUUCCUAUCCCAACACCACCUUGGCAACCCAGGGACAAAAGAAGGAGAUGAGCUGCACAGCCCAUGGCGAGAAGCCCAUCAUAGUCCGCUGGGAAAAAGAGGACCGCAUCAUUAACCCCGAAAUGUCCCGUUAUCUUGUUUCCACCAAGGAAGUGGGAGACGAAGUGAUCUCUACUCUACAGAUUUUGCCAACUGUGCGUGAAGACUCUGGCUUCUUUUCCUGCCACGCCAUCAAUUCCUACGGGGAGGAUCGUGGAAUAAUUCAGCUCACUGUGCAAGAACCUCCCGACCCUCCUGAAAUAGAAAUCCGAGAGGUGAGAGCACGCAGUAUUGCCCUCAGAUGGACCAUGGGAUUUGAUGGAAAUAGCCCAAUCACAGGCUACGAUAUUGAAUGCAAGAACAAGUCGGACUCUUGGGAUUCUGUUCAGAGAACCAAAGAUGUUUCCCCUCAGCUAAACCAAGCCACUAUCAUUGACCUUCACCCUUCCUCAACUUACAACAUUCGCAUGUAUGCCAAGAAUCGCAUUGGCAAGAGCGAGGCCAGCAAUGAGCUCACCAUCACUACUGACGAAGCAGCUCCUGAUGGCCCACCUCAGGAUGUUCAACUUGAACCUAUAUCCUCACAAAGCAUUAGGGUCACCUGGAAGGCUCCAAAGAAGCACUUGCAAAAUGGAAUUAUUCGUGGAUACCAGAUAGGUUAUCGGGAGUACAGUGCAGGGGGCAAUUUCCAGUUCAACAUCAUCAGUAUUGAUACCACUGGGGACAGUGAAGUUUAUACCCUGAAUAACCUGAAAAAAUUCACCCAGUAUGGCAUGGUAGUCCAGGCUUGUAACCGGGCUGGAAUAGGACCUUCUUCUCAGGAAAUCAUCACCACUACCCUAGAGGAUGUGCCCAGUUGCCCUCCAGGGAAUGUGCAAGCCACUGCCACAUCACCAGAAACUAUCUCUAUUUCCUGGUCCACAUUGGCAAAAGAAACCCUGAACGGGAUUCUGCAGGGAUUCAGGGUUAUCUACUGGGCUAAUCUCUUGGAUGGAGAGCUGGGAGAGAUAAAAAACGUCACGACUACACAGCCAUCACUAGAGCUUGAUGGCCUGGAAAAAUAUACCAACUACAGCAUUCAGGUGUUGGCUUUCACUCGAGCUGGGGAUGGAGUGAGAAGUGAACAAAUUUUUACCCGCACUAAAGAAGAUGUUCCAGGUCCUCCCGCUGGAGUUAAAGCAGCUGCGGCUUCAGCCUCCACUGUCUUUGUGUCCUGGCUCCCUCCUCUUAAAUUAAAUGGCAUCAUUCGGAAAUACACUGUGUUCUGUUCGCACCCGUACCCCACAGUAAUCAGCGAAUUCGAAGCCUCUCCUGACUCAUUUUCCUACAGAAUCCCUAACCUAAGUCGGAAUCGACAGUACAGCGUCUGGGUGGUGGCAGUGACUGCUGCAGGAAGAGGCAACAGCAGCGAAAUUAUCACUGUGGAACCGCUAGCUAAAGCUCCUGCCAGAAUUUUGACAUUCAGCGGCACAGUCACAACUCCUUGGAUGAAGGACAUUGUCCUCCCUUGCAAAGCCGUUGGAGAUCCAGCUCCGACAGUCAAAUGGAUGAAGGAUAGUAACGGGACACCCAGUCUAGUGAUGAUUGAUGGGCGAAGAAGCAUCUUUAGCAAUGGCAGCUUUGUCAUCCGAACUGUGAAAGCAGAAGACUCUGGAUACUACAGCUGUGUGGCCAGUAAUAACUGGGGAUCAGAUGAAAUAAUUUUGAAUUUGCAGGUACAAGUUCCACCAGACCAGCCUAGACUUACUGUAUCCAAAACUACAUCUUCCUCUAUCAGUUCUAUCCGAGGCUAUAUUUUGCAGUACUCUGAAGAUAACAGUGAGCAGUGGGGUAGUUUCCCUAUUAGCCCUAGUGAGCGGUCCUACCGUUUAGAAACGUUGAAGUGUGGCACUUGGUACAAGUUUACAUUAACUGCUCAGAAUGGAGUGGGGCCAGGACGCAUCAGUGAGAUCAUUGAGGCCAAAACCCUUGGAAAAGAGCCACAGUUUUCUAAAGAACAAGAGCUCUUUGCUAGUAUCAAUAUCACAAGAGUGAGACUCAACCUUAUAGGCUGGAAUGACGGUGGCUGUCCCAUCACCUCUUUCACUCUGGAGUACCGGCCAUUUGGGACAACAGUCUGGACAACUGCCCAGCGGACAUCCCUUUCAAAGUCCUACAUAUUGUAUGACCUCCAGGAAGCAACCUGGUAUGAACUGCAAAUGAGAGUAUGCAACAGUGCUGGCUGUGCAGAAAAGCAAGCUAAAUUUGCAACACUCAAUUAUGAUGGCA